AACAAAGUCACCUGAUUUUGGAGACCAGAGAGCACGGCGGGCACCUCUCUGUGGAUUGUUUCACACGCUAAUAUGAAAGAAAAUGAAGAAACAAAACCACUUUUAAGUGGCAGAUCGGACCGAGUAAUAGAAGAUAAUGAUGAAGAUGUUAUAUUAACGGGAUGUGGAGCAACUGCUGCUUGCGAUCCAAGGCAGUCAUUGCAUCGAUUUCUUAUUCUGAUUUUGAUAUGCUUUUUGAGCUUCGGAAGUUACUUUUGCUAUGACAAUCCAGCUGCUCUUCAAUCUCAGAUAAAGUCUGCAAUGAAUGUGAACUCCAGCCAGUAUAUGCUUCUCUACUCUCUGUAUUCCUGGCCCAAUGUAAUCCUCUGUUUCUUUGGAGGAUUCUUGCUUGACAGAGUGUUUGGAAUCAGAUUUGGCACAAUUGUCUUUGGGAUAUUUGUACUUAUUGGACAAUGUAUCUUUGCUGUCGGCGCCUCUAUUAACAGCUAUGUUGUCAUGGAAAUAGGACGCUUUGUCUUUGGGCUAGGUGGAGAGAAUUUAGCUGUGGCCCAGAACACAUAUGCUGUUAGUUGGUUCAAAAAUAAGGAGUUAAACAUGGUAUUUGGACUUCAGCUGAGCUUUUCGCGAGUGGGUAGCACUGUUAAUAUGAAUGUAAUGAAACCGAUUUACGAUGCAACGUCUGAGGCCUUGCCAGACUACAAACGCCUCGCAAUUGCAUUGUGGGUUGGUGCUGGAUUCUGUAUUCUGUCAAUGAUCUGUGGCCUGAUGUUGUGGUACUAUGAUGCAAGAGCUGCUAGAAUCACCAAAAAAGGUUUGGGAGAAACUGGCGAGGUCAUCAAGCUGAGCGACGUCAAGGACUUCCCGUUAACCUUGUGGCUCAUUUUUCUCGUCUGUGUUAUGUAUUAUGUGGCAGUAUUUCCUUUCAUUGGGCUUGGAACAGUUUUCUUUCAAGACAAAUUUGAUUUCAAUCCUACAGAAGCUAAUCUAGUUAACAGUUUGGUUUAUUUCAUUUCGGCUGGGGCAUCGCCUGUUUUUGGGUUUGCUGUUGACAAGACUGGAAGAAAUAUAUUCUGGGUGGUGUCUGGCGUCGUACUUACAAUCGCAGCGCAUUUUAUGUUAGCAUUCACAUUUAUUAAUCCAUUUGUCACUAUGAGUCUUAUGGGCAUUGCAUAUUCUUUACUUGCCUGUGCACUGUGGCCUAUUGUAGCAUAUAUUAUGCCGGAACACCAAUUGGGUACUGCCUAUGGCUUCAUGCAGUCAAUUCAGAACCUUGGCCUAGCUAUAGUACCCAUGGUUGCUGGACAGAUUUUAGACGAGAAGGGAUAUCUUAUACUAGAAGUUUUCUUCAGUGUUCUUCUCUGUGUUGCCCUGAUUGGUAGCCUGUGUCUGUAUUUAGUUGACCUAUCAGAGGGCGGAUUUCUAAACAUGUCGGCUAAAGAACGCGAAUUCCAUAAGAAAAGCAUUGCCAAACGAGAAGUUGAAAAACAAAACGAUCCGCAUCUUCUCAAAUCACCUUUGCAGGCGCGAAGUGCAUUUGCACUGCGAAACCGUUACCUGUCACGCAUUGGUGCUAAGUUGCCUGAUCAUUUUAAUCCACAUGUCAAAGCUCUGUCGAGACAUGGCGUUCUACAAUAAAUCGGGUUGUUAUUCUAAAUUCCAACUUCACCAAAUGUGUAAAAAUUCACAUUAAAUGCUGAAAAUGAUGGCUGGACCAGCAUUUCUGAUAUGGAGUGGUUCUGAUUUGAGCAGUGUAGAGUCAACCAACUAAUUCAUUUUAUAGAACCAUUUACUAUUAUUAAAUGUUUUUGUAUUAUUACCAUAGCUUCUCAUGUUAAGCCCACACCAUUAUUUUUUUAGGUUCAAGUAGGAUAUCAUUUAACUGAAAAAGGGAUUUUAAAUUGUUCAGGGCUUGGGGAACACAAACUUGUUUUAUUGGCCUUAUCUUAUUAUAAAAUAUCUAUACAUGAUUUUAUUAUCUUAAUGAAACAAAUAUUUUACAUUUUAGCAAAUCGACAACUCAUUUUGUUUUGCUGUACUUUAAUUAUAGGCAUACAUUCCAACUUGAUGUAGCCCUAACCGAAGGCCUACAUGAAAUAUUUGGUACCUUUGUUUUGCCAUCCAAAGGACAUAAAAUUACAAAGAGACACAAUGGAGCUCGUAGUAUUAAUAAACACAUCAAAACCUCCACCGCCCACAUACCAAAUACACACAUUACAUACAUAACAUACACAGUAUUCAUUCUUAAUCAAGAAGUGUUGUCAAUUCUAAAUAUUACUACAGUAUAUGUAACACUGAUUUUUAAACUUCAACAUGUAAUUUAGAAUAUUGUAAUUAUUUA